AUGAACAAACAAGAAGAGGAUCCAUCUGCCAAAAUUGAACAGUUCUUGAAGCAUAUUCUGCUGACGCUAGAUACUGAUUUUGUCACUUCUUCGCAGAGGUACCAAAACAACCCACAGGCCUUCCAGGCUUCGAUUCUUCCACAGUUGAAUCCACAAUCUGCGGUUAUCAUCAACGGUCAGCCGUUUGGAGAGAGAGCCGUUUUCCAAUCCCUAUGGGCAAACCUUCCCGCAUCCCAACACACGUUACUAUCCUUCGACACGCAUCUGAUUCCCGCGAUUCAGCCUGUGUAUGUUAUAAACGCACAUCUGAAAGUGAGGUUCGAUGAGAGUGGGCGAACUAGACUGGGUGAUUCUAGCGAAAAAGAAGGCAUUAUGCCUCCACAACCGGCCACAGCUACGCGACCCAUCUGGGGACCUUGGUUCGGUGUCGACCUCAACCUUGCUGUGGACUCAAAGGUCAACCAGAGUUUUGAUGGGGAGCUCAUAAGCACUUGGAACUGGAGAACAACAUCGAAGAGUGAGGGAAGUGCAUACAGCAUAUGA